AUGUGCCACUAUAUCAUCGCUCCUGCCCGCUAUUGGCAUGUACAACAGACUUGGUCGGAGGAAUCAGGCCAUCAGGCCGCGGGGCCCUUGGGGCCACGCCACGCCGCGAUGCGCGUCUUGACCUUGGCCAAGGCGGCGACGAAGAAGUUCUUGGUGCUGGUGAGAACUGGCAUGGUGAUGGCUUGGAAUGGCUCGAGAUGUGUGCGGUGAAGAUUAGAGUGCCGUUGAGGGUGUGGUGAGUGGUGAGUAGUGAGGAGAUAGAAUUGUGUUGUUUAUAUGCGUCGUCUUGCGAUCUUGCGGCAAGUCGCCACCUUCCUCGCCGCCAUUAUCGCACCACUGGCACCACCUGUAGAUUCCGCAUCACCAUUCGCUCCGUCCGCACAACCCGCCCCCACCGAUGUAGUGGGCUCACUGCUCCACUCCCCAACGCUAUCAGCAGUGUCUUCCACUCUCCUGUCAACACCCCACGACUUCGAGUCAGUCGCCCCUCCGCGCCCGCCGCACAACUUCAGCAUGUGCGCCACUGCCCGUGCAACCCCUCCACCAUCCACUCCUAGAUCCAGUCUUCCUCGCCACCAGCAAGUCAGGCGCGAAGGUAGCUGCACCGUGGCUGUGGCGUGGAGCUGGGGUGAGAAGGCCAGAAGGCCGUGAGCAGACACGAGGCAGGAAGCACAUGGCCUAGUAUACAACACUACGACUUCUCGGGGACGCCAUACGAGCGCACCGGGAGGAACUUGAUGCGGUGCUUGUUGAGGUAUGGCCAAGGGGGGAUGCAGGCGGCCAUGAGCAGCACAAAGCCGAUGGUGAAGAUCUCCAGGCCAACGAGGACGGACGACGUGACGAAGGAGGCACCGAAGCCGACGAGCUGGCGUCAGCUGGGGCGGAAGGAAGAAUGGCGCGGUGGAGGCGAGCGCUAACGGCCAGCCAGCCCAUCGCACCUCGCACCUCGAACCACUCUUUGCUCCACCAAGUGCGCCGCGAUAUGGAUCGCACGAGGCCAAGACGCGACGAGUGACGCGUCGGGCGGCAACCCUCUUGAUAUUCACUCACCACUAGCAGACACAGAAACACUUGCGAAU